AUGUAUUUGUCUAUUGGAUCAUUGUUUAUUAUUCUAUUUCUAACAACAUAUCAAGUUCAAUCGAAUACUCUUCUAAACAACUUUAAUAACCUAUUUUUGGGUACUUAUAAAAAAGCUAGUACUUAUUUUUUAACUACAAUCGAUCCAUUAAUAAUUACAAAUGCAGAUACAUUAACGUUGAAACAUCGAGGUCAACAUACAUCUAUCAAUAUUAAUCGACAAUUAUAUCACAAUCUUAAGACUAUUGCACAUAUUCCCUUGACAAUAUAUUUAAGUGUUUUUAAUGUUGAAGCGAAUAGCCGAAAUUUUUCAUCUGAUGAAUUGAUUAAACUUAAAUCAUAUUUACGAGAACUUCGAUUUGUUCGAAAAUCUUUAAAUAUUUCGGAUUUUUCAUCAAAUAAUGAAAUGUUUCAAAUACAAUUUGAUAUUAUUGAUUUAUCAAUUACAUUUCUUCGUUCGUUAAUUCGAUCAAAGCAAUUAAAUAUUACAGCAUUAAACAAGUUUUGUCAUAAAGCUACAAAUCUUUUUAAUAUUAAUAUAAAACAUGCUACCCGUGCUCACCUUGAUCGACUUCAUAGUGUUAUUUAUCCAAUAUAUACAAAACUAUUUAAUGAAACAGAACAAAAAACCGUUCAAGUACUUAUUAUUGGAUCAAAACCACCACGUGAAGGUUUCCUUAUUAAACAAUAUUUUCAGAAAUUACUUGGUGGCAACAAUGUAGAAGGAAAAAGACUUUUAUAUGCUGAAAAUGCAGCAGAUGAACAAGGAGCAUUAAAUAUUCUUGGAAGAUGGUUACUUGAUGCUAAUGCAGCUCAAGCAUUUUUUGAUGAUGAAACACGAUUACAUCGAGAUCUUCUAAUGGAUGAAGCUAGUAUAUAUAUAAAAGCAUUAUUUGAAUAA